ACGCGCUCCGUGCAACAUCCCGUCCAGCGCCGCUCGCUCGCCGUCGAGAGGAUUAGGCGGGAUUUGUGGGCUGAAGGCAUGUGGCGAGGGCUCUGAGGGGGGUGGGAAAAAAGCCCCGCGGGGUUGUUGUUUUCCCCUUCUUCCCCGCCCGCCUCCUGGGCGAGCGGAGCGCCCUGCAUGUCUGUGUCGCUCGGCGAGGGAGGGAAGCAGGCAGCAGGCAGGCGCAGGCGCAGCGCCCGCCCGUCCGCUCGCCUGCCUGCAGCCCGGGCUCCCUCGCUCACUAGUGCAGUUGCCGGGGCGUUGAUGGCAGCGGCGGAGCGCGCCCGGAGCACGACGGUGGCGCCGCCGCCUUGGGGCCCCGAGCCCAACAUGGGCAGCCGGCACGGAGGCAGCAGCAGCAGCGGCGGCCGCAGCGGCAGCUCCGGGGCCCCUCAGCGGCGGGACGGCGACGGGCGCCGUGGCCCCUCGAGGGCCAGCCAGCUCUCCUGACCUGCCUGCCUGCCGCGCUCUCCCCCUCCUCCCCCGGCGCUCCCCGCCGAAGAAUGUCCGCCAAGUCCAAGGGGACCACCUCCUCCUCCGCCACCUCGUCGUCCGUGUCGUCUCCGGCCGAAGGGCUGCCGGCAGCCUCCAAAGCCAAGGUGAAGGAGCAGAUCAAGAUCAUCGUGGACGAUUUGGAAUUAGUCCUGGGGGACCUGAAGGACGUGGCUAAGGAGCUGAAGGAGGUGGUUGACCAGAUUGACACCCUGACUUCUGACUUGCAGUUGGAGGAUGAGAUGACAGACAGCUCAAAAACGGACACGUUGAACAGCAGCUCAAGUAGCACAACAGCAUCCAGUUUGGAGAAGGUCAAAGUCCGAGCCAACGCGCCGCUCAUCAAGCCCCCGGCCCACCCGUCUGCCAUUCUCACCGUGCUGCGGAAGCCGAACCCACCGCCCCCUCCUCCGCGGCUGACUCCAGUCCGGUGCGAAGACCCUCAUAGGCCAGUUAUCCCUGCCAACCCUGUAAAGACUAAUGGGACUCUACUACGAAACGGAGGCUUACCGGGUGGACCAAAUAAAAUUCCCAAUGGGGAUGUAUGUUGUAUACCGAAUAGUAACUUGGACAAAGUCCCGAUGCAGCCUCUGAUGCACAGGUCUGAGAAAGACAGGUGUCCGCAGCCUGGAACGCGGGAACGGGUACGAUUUAACGAAAAAGUCCAGUACCAUGGCUAUUGUGCAGACUGUGACGUUCGGUAUAAUAUUAAAAACAGGGAGGUUCACUUGCACAGCGAACCUGCCCACACGCUGGGGAAGCUUCCUCACCAAUGCCCUCCCUUGCCACCACCACCUCCUCCGCUUCCUCCUUUUCCCUUAGAAAAUGGAGGGGUGGGAAUAAGCCCCAGUAGUAGCUUUCCUCCUCUCAGACCUGCAACUGUGCCUCCACAAACUGCACCAAAACCCCAGAAGACCAUCUUGAGGAAAUCGACCACUACAACAGUGUGAUGUAUCCCACUUGGAAAACUCUCUUAUUUUUUUCCUUAUGUAUAAAACAUGAAAAAGGUAAUGAGCACUUUCUACUCAAGCAAUAAAAAGCCCAAAUAUAUUACACCCUUUCUUCGAUGAAGUGGCAUAAAAAUCACAUGCUCCUUCGGGCUAGAAGGAAUGUCAACCUUUGGAGGCAUGUUAAUCAAUUUCUCCCAUGACAGUUUCGACACAGCAACUUCUUUCAGGCCAUAUUUAAUUGUAACAACAGGGAGCCUUCUUAGAGCACGGGAGCCCUUGAGCCAGAGCACAACUGAUCACUGGAGUAAUCUGCAUUAAAUCACCGGACUCAUAUCCAGCAGCUACGAGCUGAGCCCUAACAAAAGCCACAGCCUUAAGUACCAUUCACUCUGACACAGGAAGAAAAAGGAGUAACGAUCUUACCCCGUCAAAGAAACAGCCAUCUCCAGAUCCUGCUGUGAAUGGAUUUCGAUGCAAAGAAAUUGAGAACAGCCAGUUAGUAAUCACAUGGUCCAGCAAGUGUCCAAUUUUUUAAAAAAAUUAAAUAUAUGUAGCUGAAUGAAAGGAUGAAGCACUUAAACGACUCAAGAGCAAUCAGUGCAUUUAGUCCCAAUGAAAGAUUGGUCAUCGUGGGUAGAAAGAGAAGGCCGUUGUUGUCCCUUGUGCAAAUUCAAAGCCAUAGAUGAAGAAAGGACGAAAGCUUCGAAGAUGCUUUGGAAAGAUGAUGUUUCCUGUCCUCUGCCGAAAUAAUUCAGUUGUUACAGAUCGCAUCUCAAUGCACUUCUAAUAUUUGCACUGUCACUUCCAUUCAGGGGAAUGAUAUGUAGGCCAUCAUUUGCACAGAUGGCCUCAUGAAAUUUCAGCCCGCAGGAAGAUGUACCUUGAGGGGCUUCUACAGGAGAUUAAAAGCCCAUCAUCAAAAGUGAAGAAAAGUUAAUGCCCUUCUAUCCCGUCACAUCUGGAAUCUUUCUCACAAGGCAAAUUGUUGCUUCUUAAGCCUGAGAUAUAUUAAAAAAUAAUAGAAAAAGCAUCAACAGGCUAACAUGGAUUUUAGAACAGAUCUAAUUUUUAAUACAUUUUUGUAUCAUUGUAACAACAAAGAAAUUGACCUAUACUGCUCACAUUGACGGUACCCUCCGAGUUAAUAGGAUAAAUGAAAGAGAAAAAAACAUUUCUACUACGUAUUUGACACAUAACAUUUUUAUAGCCAAUUAUCUGUCCUUCAUGGAAAAUGUACCAGCCAAACAGGCAUUUUCAGUUUAUUUUUCUAAAUAAAUGUGGUGUUUGUAUCAUUUGCAAUCACUUAUUUUUGCUGAUUCCCAUUAUUUGUCCAUGUUGUGCCCCUUCCAAUCUCCUUCACCAAAAAGGGAGUUUUAAAGACAAGAACCAAAACACUUGUUUUGCCAUGUUAAAUCAUAAUGAUUUGCAGACUGAAAGCUUUAAUAUAAAAUGUUGUUUGUAGAAUUAUAAAGUAUAUUUCUACUGGAAAAUAUGUAUGGAUAUCCAGAAAGGCUGUAUUUUAAUUUUUAAUCUCAACACAUAGGUUAUUUUUAAUAUUCCCAAGGAAGUAUUUAGUUAAUGUAGUUUGCUUGAAAGUUAUAGCAGAUAAUUUUGAUUCAGGAGUGGACAGCGUCUUUGGCAACGGUGAGCUUGCUUGUACACAAUGCAGGAUAUGAUCCAGUUUCUGGCCUCUGCAUGUACAAAAGGACUAUUGGGGGCCAUACAUAAUGCAGUCAGCAGGAAUGCCCAGCCCCUUACAUAGUGCCUCUGCUCCAUGUUUGUCCUAGAUUUGCACCUGUACAGCAGGGCAAUGGGAGACACCCUCCAAAGCAUUAUAGCAGGGCAUCUAAUCUGCCCUUAGUACAAGCCAAACUGCGUGGACUAGGAUGGAGCUGGAAUGGGAUGUGAAGGAUCAGCUGUGAAGUAUCCUCCUAAGCCCUGUAACUGCAUGCUGUCUGGUUGGUUGAUCAGAAUUGCCAGCAUGCCCUAACCUACCCAUCAAUUUCCCAGUGCCCAGAAUGUUUGCUGGAACAAUCAGGAGCUGCAACAAAGUUCCAUUAUUCGCAUGUCAUUUUCAUAAAUAGAAUCAAUGCCAAUCCAUACUGGUCAUGUUACAUUGAUUGCAGUUGCUCGGAAGUUGUUGCAAAAAAAGCUUAAUUCAACCUGAUGGAACACUUUCACAAGUGAUACUCUUUCUUACGUGUCACUCCUGAAUGUUGUCAGUGCAAUCUAGAAAGUCAAAGAGAGGUCAAUUCAUUCUUAUCUAUGUUGCCCUUCAUUUGAUAUACAUACACAUGAAGUUCAAAUGCCAGUUCUUAAGACCAAAUUUCUUAGAACUUAAUUUGGAUACAAAGAUUUGUGAUUCUUUCCACAAGUAUUUUAUUUCUUAAAAUACACAUAUUUUGAGCCUUUAAUAUUUGUUGCCAUCAUGAUCUUCUCUUCACCACAAUGAGGGCUAAAACCUUACUUGGUUUUUUUUUUACAUGCAAUCUGGGAAUCUCAGGAUUCUAACAACUGACCACAAGUUGCAAAAAUAUAAUAUGGGGCUUUUUAUGCAACUAUAUGACUGACUAUACGUUGCUCAUCCCUGCUUUAGAUUCUGGAAGCUAAAACAAUUUGUAAGGAGGCUUGAUUCUUAAAUUACACAUGACGCAUUAUAUCACAUGACUUUUGCAUUGCAUUGCAUAAAUUUAUUUAUUUCCAAACUGUCACAAUAUGGUUCUGUUAAAGAUGCCGUUGCUGAAUUGGGGGAUCAAAAAGUGAGAAAUUGCUUGAUAAUCUCAUCCAUAAUCUGCAAAGGGGAAGAGUCGCUGUAUCCAUCCAGUGCAGUAUUUUGUUAUUAUCAGUUCAUAGAUUCCUUUGAUGCUCAAGUUGUUUUGAAUAAAAUUAUAUAUUUUCCUUUUU